UGUGAAGCUUUAUGAAUCGUUUGCGACGGAACAUGUUGGGUGGUUAGAUCUUCGACCCAUUGGACUAACCCUUAUUUCCACGUGGAAGCAACUCUUGAGGACGAUAUCGAUACUACAUGUACUAGCUAGUAGAGUAAACCAGGUAUCGCCUCAACUGACACCCUUCAUUCAUCAAAACAAAGAGGUCGACCAUGAGAUUAUCUACCGGUAAUUGCCGCCAUCCACCAUGGGCAUUUGUCCUGGUAUUAUCCCUGUUAUCUCUAUUGCUAUCAAGAUGCCAUGCCAACGGAGCCGACAUUCCUCUGUUUGCAGGCAAGGCGACGAUGCAAGAACGCGUGGAUGUGGCCAUGGAACUGGCCGCGCUGGAACAAGGUGUGGAUGAUGUCAAUGCCCAGUGGAUCGCAUCGGCAUCCUCCUUUGGAGAAGCCGUUUCGUACCGACGCCUCAUUGCCAUGCCCUUGACAGAAGUCUUUGAUCCUCCCAUGGGACAGUUCUCUCGGGGGCACACUCAAACGGGCGACAAAAUGAGUCUUCCAAAGGUGUUUUUUGAUGCCAUUCAACAAAACAAGGCGGAAGUCCCCUGGUUGUUUGAGGUUCGACGCAUUGAAGGAGUGACGAGCCCCCGAGUGGAAUUGCCAGAUAGUAGUAGUAGUAGUGAUGAAGAACCAAAAAAGGACAAGAAGAAAAAGAAGAAAGCCUCUCGUCCCGAUGAAUGGGGAGCUGCUCGGCCACUAGAGCACUUGGAUUCCAUUGUGGGAGGACCAUUGGAUUUUCGUGCUCCUCCAAAUUACAUCUUUCUACCCUGGUGGAUGAUGCGAUCCUUGGGAUUGCGACCCCGUGAUGUGGUCGAUGUACGACAAAUCACCAAUGUUGCGGCUGGUAGCAUGGUCAAGUUCCGGCCCUUGACUGAACAAACCAUGAAAGACAUGGCCAAUCCGCAAGCUGUUCUAGAGACGGAGCUAAAGCACUAUUCCUCCCUUACAAAGGGCUCUACCAUUGCUUUUGAUUACAACAAGAAACGAUAUUGGUUCGAGGUCGCUGAGUGUCGAAGUGCUCCACGUGGGGAGAAGAAACCUAUGAUUAAGGUACAAGAUUGUGAUGUGGCUAGUGACUUCUUGGUUGCUAGGGAUACUCUGGAAGCUAGAAAGAAGAAGAAGAAAGCCGAGCAGGAACAGUAGAUGGGAUACUAGUGCAUACUUUGUUGAGGUGUACGAAUAAUGAAUGCUCGGAGACUCUCCUCUCGUCAGCGACAUUGGAAGGGUUCGUUUUUCCAGUGCAAUCCUCGAACGCCUUAUGGGCGAAAAGCAUUGGACCAACCUUAUUCACACAUGGCAAUGGAAAGGUUCAGUAGCGGACUCGUAGCUCGAAGUUCCAAAUGGCUAGCGAGCUAGUAUGGUACGGUAUUAAUUAACAUUCAGUCUAGUCUCGAGCCGCCGCAAUCUGGGACAU